GAAUACUCCGUUGUUGAAGCCUCGUGGCAAAAAUGCCUUACUAUAUUUUGAAUCUUGGGUUUUUACCCGACCGAACAUCGUUUUACGGGAUCAUAAUACCAUUUCUCACAAUAGCACUCAUGGUCAAUCGAUAUCUCGUAUGGUCUCGCCUUCGCCAUAUUCCUGGGCCAAGAUUCGCACCAUUCUCAAAUUUGUGGAAGCUAAAAUCAGUAUUAUCUGGCAGAAUGCCAGAGGUAUUGAAUGAUGUGUCCGAAACAUAUGGCUCAUUGGCACGUAUUGGGCCAAAUGAUCUUAUUUGUAGCGACCCUGAUGUCAUUCGACGUAUGGGUACUGCAAAGUUAGGAUAUCGUCGAUCGAGAUUUUAUCAGUCUUUCGCUUUCAAUCCUGACCGGGAUUCCAUGUUAUCGACUACAGAUGAGAAAAUUCAUGCUGACCUGAAAAUGAAGACUGCUGCAGGUUAUUCGGGCAAAGAAGUUGAAAACCUUGAGCAAUCAAUUGACAGGCAACUCAAUGCAUUCAUUGACUUGAUUGAGCGAAAAUAUCUUUCAACAGCGACUGAUUUCCGACCUUUUGACUUUGCCAAGAAGAUUCAAUACUUCGCGUUGGAUGCAAUUACAGAUGUGGCUUUUGGUACAUCAUUCGGAUGUCUAGCUCAAGAUCAUGAUAUGUAUGAUUACAUCAAGACUGUUGAACAAUUGCUACCGGCUGCUGUGGUUGCAGGAGUCUUGCCAUGGUUGUUAACUCUAUCACGAAGUUUUGUUCUCAAACCAUUCCUGCCAACAGAAAAAGAUAAAUUGGGUUUUGGAAAAAUGAUUCAAGUUGCUAAAGACAUUGUUGCGAAGCGAUUUGGAGAAUCAAAAGAGGUCCAGAAUGAUAUGCUUGGUUCUUUCGUCGCCCACGGCCUCACUCAAGAAGAAGCUAAUUCUGAGACAUUACUUCAAGUAAUUGCUGGUACGGACACGACUGCCACGGCUAUCCGAGCAAUGUUACUUCACAUUGCAGCAUCUCCAACUUGCUACGCGGCCUUGCAAGCUGCUAUCGAUGAAGGCGUCGAAAAUGGCAAAAUAUCUUCCCCGGUAACUGAUACUGAAACAAGAGCCCUUCCCUAUUUGCAAGCAAUUAUCAAGGAAGGUCUCCGGAAGUUUCCUGUAAUCGCUGGACUUCUACCAAAAACGGUACCUGAAGGCGGCGAUAUUAUUAAUGGUUUUGUUGUCCCAGGUGGAACCGACGUUUCACUCAGUCUGAUUACUAUUACGCAUUCGAAAGCCACGUUUGGACCAGAUGCACAUAUUUUCAGACCAGAAAGGUGGCUCGAAGGUGACGACAACAAUAAGUUAAGAAAAAUGAAUCUCGCAGUCGAUUUAGCAUUUGGAUCUGGGAAAUGGUCUUGUUCCGGGAAGAAUAUAGCCAUGAUGGAGAUGGGAAAGGUUCUUGUGGAAUUAUUUAGAAGAUUUGAUAUAUCCUUGGUAAAUCCAACCAAUCCAUGGAAAUCAUUUAGUGCUGGGGCAUAUAUACAAUCCGAUCUUUUCGUUCGAUUUGCGAAAAGAUCACAUCAAUAAACGAGGCUAAAAACUUUACGGAUACUCCAUCGAGAUUUCGACCAAAGGUGUCAUCGCAAAUCUGACAAACUUCACUUGGAAGUAAUUAUAUAUGAUAGGUAUAGAUCUAUUUCUAGUAAGAAGUCUUCACAUAUUCAUUCACUUAUGAAAUAUGACUGAGGCACCUGCUGUGGCUCAUGCUUGAGAUUAUAAAGUCAAAUUUCAUUCUAUUUAUUAUUCUA